CGUUGACAGCUGACAGAUUGACAUUGACAGUAUUUGACAGUUGUAUUGUCACUUUGUUGUUUUUUGUCUUCGAUUGCAAAUGCAUAGUAUUUUUGGGAAUUUCAUUUGUGAAUUGUAUUUGAAUUUUAUUGUAUUUUGGUGAUAAAUUUAAUAUUUCAGAUAAAAUGCACAAAAUACUUGAAUUUCAAGCUGUAGUGCUAGCGGCAGGGAGGGGCUCCCGCCUGCCCGAUGUCGGGGGCUCGGUGUCCAAGUGCCUGUUGCCAGUAGGACCGUACCCAGUCCUUUGGUACUCAUUGAAUAUGUUAGAAAAGUUGGGUUUCCAAGAUACAAUGAUUCUAGUACUGGAUGAAGAUAAAUCAAAUAUUUUAUGCUCACUAGAAAAAUGUCCAUUGAAAAUCAAAUAUGAACUCAUAGUGAUACCAGCUGAUGAGGACUGGGGCACGGCCGACUCCCUGAAGCACAUCAGCAGCCGCGUGGUGAGUGACCUCCUCGUGGUCUCCGGAGACCUCAUCACCAAUGUCAAUGUCACAGAACUGCUCAAUCUGUACCGCAAGCAUGAUGCCGCAAUUGCCACAUUAUUCUUCGACAAUGGUCCAGAAGAGUGGAUAGAACUCCCCGGAGUUAAAACAAAAGCCAAACCUGACAGAGACCUCGUCUGUAUAGAUAAAGACACACAGAGGCUGGUGUUCCUUGCUAGCGCCAGUGACUUUGAAGAGAAUGUGACAUUGCCGAGAGUGAUAACAAAGAAGUUCAAUUCUAUCAGCCUGUACAGCAGAUUGCUGGAUGCUCACAUUUAUGUAAUGAAGAAAUGGGUGGUCAACUACUUGGUCGACGCUGACAAGUUCACGUCAGUCAAAGGAGAGCUGGUGCCGUACAUUGUAAAGAAACAACUGAGCAAACCCAAGAGUACCACUGAUAUAAAGGGCACAUCAGAGAAGAAUGUUGAAGUGAAUAAGGACAUCUUAGACUAUGCAGUGGAGCAUGGCUAUGAGAGCCAGAUAAGACUGAUGUCUUCAUACAAUGACCACGAGGGAGGCGGCAAGGGAGUCUAUUACAAUGACAUACUGAGAUGCUAUGCCCACAUUCCUGAUAAAAAUACAUUUGGCAUAAGAGUAAACACUCUCUCAUCAUUCUACCUAGCAAAUAGUAAGAUAAUGUCCAAAUGGGAAGAGCUAAUGGGUGCACCUCUAACUGAAAGGUUUCACCCCACAAGUGAAGUGAAGACAAGACAGAUAGAUGAGACAAGUACAGUCGGCGACAAAAGUGUUGUUAGUGAAAAGACGUCCAUUAAGAACACCUUCAUAGGUGCCAACUGUACCAUCGAAAACAAAGUGCGACUCACUAACUGUAUCCUGAUGAACAAUGUCACUAUUAAAGAAGGUUGUGUCCUCGAAGACAGCGUGGUAUACACGGGCGCCACCGUGGGCGAGGGCGGCGCGCUGCGGCACUGCCUCGUGGGCCCGCACCACGCGGUGCCGCCGCGCGCCGCCGCCGCCCACCAGCUGCGCGCCGACACCGCGCAUGACGUCAUCACUCUGGGGUAGUGCAGUGUGUUUUGUAUGGAUGUUAAGAUUGUAA